GGGGAGGGAGGGGGGAGCGUGCCAGCUGUUCGCAAGGUCAAGUAUUACCCAUCAUACACCGCAUCAACCCAGCAGCAGUGUCAUCAGCGUCCAUCGAUCGUCCAGCAGACGCAUGCGAGAAUGAAACCCGUCCUUCAGUUGUUUCUUCGCGAACAGUUGAUAUUCUCGUCUGUGGUGAGGCGCUUCUUGAGAUGGUACGUGUUCUUCCUCCGUUGUCUGCUGUGGCCCUUGACGUCUCUCGGCAGUCUCACUCCGCGCACCCCCUGCCCUCCGGUUACCAACAGGCUACUACUGCUCCCUGCUGUUGACUUGGCAAAGAUUAUCCGCACCAGACAGGUGACAUGUACGGAGGUGGUGGAGGCCUACAUCUCCAGGGCGAAGGAAGUGAACCCUCUGGUAAAUGCCAUCGUCCAGGACAGGUUCCAGGAAGCUCUGGUAGAAGCUGAGGAGAUCGAUGGACUCUUAUCCUCUGGUAAACUCAGCGUUGAGCACAUGGAGAACAACCUCCCCCUCCUCGGUGUUCCGCUCACUGUCAAGGAGACCAUCGCAGUUAGAGGAAUGAGUAACAACGGAGCCUGGAGCUUGGUGCCCUCCCACACCGCCAGGGAGGACGCGGACAUCGUCAGACUCCUGAGGGAGGCCGGGGCUAUCCCCCUCCUGGUCAGCAACACUCCGGAACUCUGCAUGAACUGGGAGACAGACAACCCCCGCGUGGGGAGAACCAACAAUCCCUACGACCCCAGGAGGACCCCAGGAGGAUCUUCUGGCGGUGAGGCAGCCCUACUGGGGUCCGCAGCCUCCGUGGUGGGGGUCGCCUCAGACAUCGGCGGCUCGCUGAGGUUACCUGCGAUGUUCACGGGGGUCUACGGCCACAAGCCCACGCCUGGUUACGUGAGCAACCGAGGCCACAGACCGAGUUCGCAGGACGGCUGCUGGGACCACUACUUCACCCUGGGCCCGAUGUGUCGUUACGCUCGAGAUCUGCCCGUCAUCCUCAACACGAUAGUCGCCGACCCGAGGAGGGCCCAAGAGCUCAGGCUGGAUGAGCAGGUGGACCUGACCAAAGUGAAGGUGUUUUACAUGGAAGACGACGGGCCGGAGAGGAUGUUCACCGACUCUGUCAACUCGGACAUGAAGACCGCCAUGAGAACCGCCGUGCACUACCUCCGCGAGAAGUACGGACUUCCUGUCAAACAGGUGUCAAUUCAAGGACUAGAGAACAUCGUGAGUCUCUCCACGCUGAUAAUGCUCCGUAUGAAUGGCAUCCCCAAUGUUUACCAGAGGCACCAGGACAACCCUGACGAAUGGAAUAGCGUUCUGUACACGAUCGGUAAGAGACUCCUGGGUCUGACCACGUCCUCUACCACGUGCCUCAUGUACGCUCCCCUCAAGGCUCUCGUGGAUAGCAUACCAGACGAGGAGUUCGGUAAGCUGCUCAAGAGGAAGGAACUACUUAUGGACCGAUUUAAGGACAUGCUUGGCGAGGACGGCGUGUUUCUGUACCCAGCGUUCCCCACAGGGGCACACUUCCAUGGACAGAUCUACUUCAAGUUCCUUAACUCCGCCUACCUGACCCUCUUCAACAUGCUGGAGAUGCCGGUCACCGCUUGUCCCAUGGGACUGGACAAGAAUGGACUCCCCGUCGGUAUUCAGAUCUCCGCUUGGCAGAAACAAGACCGGCUAACGAUCGCAGUGGCCAGAGCUCUGGAGCAGGAGUUCGGAGGGUGGAUCCCACCUUGUCCCAUUCCGGACUGAGACACAAAUAUGUUUACACCAAGUUUGAAUAUAACGAGUCUGAGCAUCAUCCAAGUGUAAUUCGGUGCAAAGCAAAUGAACCAACACAUCACGAUUUUUCUGAAUAUUUAUUUCCAUUGCCACAAUGUGUAAUUUUACUUUGAUCUCUCUUAACACCAACUUGUUAAGUUACAUGUGUAUCGUAUAAAAAAUAUGUUAUUACUUUUAAUGGUGAUUUUGAACAUAGUAUUUUAAAUAGAUGUAUUUGUAUACAAUAAGAAAGCGUAAGAUACUUGUCGUAUUUAUAAAGUUUUUGUAAUUAAAUAAAAUUUUGUAAAAAUAA